GUAGCGGCAUGGAGAUAGGAAUAUAUACGACGCAUCAUAAUGAGAUGUAUAGUGUAUUAUUGUAUAGUAAUUAGUAAAGUGUUUUUAUAUACCUUGCGACGUAUAUUCAUUCAUUUUGUGGUCGGGCCUGUGAGUUGAUAUCCGGAUAUCCCUAUGAUCCCUAUUACGAUAGGUACACAUGCAGCGUUUAGUCCAGACCCUGGUCCAGACCAAUAGGUACUCCAUGGCGUUUUUGAUAACUUUGUACCUCAUCAUCAUCCUGGAUUUGGACUUGGCACAAAUGCAAGUCAUUCUUAGUUAUUAAGCUCACAAAAUACAACACUUUGCAUGUAUGUUUAUUUCAUGUAGGUACAUUGUCUACAGGACCACGUAAGCACAUAAUUCAAAUUUGUUAAGCAUAACACAGCAAUGUACCAGUACAAGUAUCAGUUCUGGUAGUUGUUCAUCACGGCUGGUGGAUGUUAUGCAGGAUAUUUGGCUCUUCGAUCUUCAUUAUGCUGUGCAUUGUACUUGUAGUUUUUGCCCUGACUUGGGUUGGGCCCCCGGGCUGGGAUGCAGUUAUUGCAGAAGCUGUGUUUCCACUGGGUACCUGUAACACAAGGGAGUAUGGGCAGUUCAUUGUCAAAUUUCACACCCUUUUAUUUGUGUGGGACGCGUAGUCAUUGGAGUACAAAAAUUGUCAUUUUCCAGUGGAGUACAAAAUUCCUGGCGCAUCUGAUACCAGAAAACGGCAACUUUUCCAACACUGGCCCUGAUCAUAUGUCAUCACAGAAACAGCUUAAAGCCUUUGCUGAAGGUACUAGGCACAUAAAUAACAUAGCACAAUAACAAUAAUAUAAGAAAGGAUACAGAUCAAUAACUAUAUCAAUAUAGUGCAUUUAUUAUCAACAAAUUACACAAUUGCAAAUAUCAAAAUGUGUGUGUUGUGUGCGCAUCCUCAGCGGGAAAAUUUAUACGACCAUGGCGCAUUAGUUUAGAAAUCGCGCCAAUCACGAUAAUAUAAGCCUUUGUAAAUGACGUAUUACUUAAAAGUUAUUUCUUUGGAAAGUUAAAAAUCAUGGAAUAGAUAUGCUUUGCUUUGCUUAUUUUGCCAAAAAGAGCUUGGUUUAUGAUAUCUUAUGCUUAAUUGUUUAAAAAACGUUGAAAUGGCAAAGGUAGCAAGGCAAAUGAGAUGUUUAAGGAUCAGCAUGCAUUUUUUUAAAACUGUUAUCAAUUUAAGCCUGCCUACAGUUUUAAAUUUUUCUUAAGAAGUCAAAUAUUUUAGUCAGCUUUAAAUCAACUUUAUCGUUUAUAUAGCCUCGAUGCUGUUUACACAGUCUUGUACCAAACUCUAUGUGACGUCAUAUCAGAUCAAAACAAGAUCGAGCCUAUGACGUCAUAUUUAUUCUGUAGUUUAUUUGGAACACUGCAUUGUAUUCGGCCCUGAGCGCUCACACAUUUUUUGUCUUUUCAUAUAGGGCCUUGGUCUUUUCAAAGAGAGAAAAAAGAGUGGGAGGGGACGUACUAGACACUGCCGGAUAUUUAUAUUUUCCAUUAAAUAUGCAUAAUGCAUUAAUGGUGUUUUCCCUCAUUUCGUCUUUGUUUUCUUCGACGAAAUAACGAUGACGACGGAGGCUGACUGCUGAGGCGUCCUACACUCGCUCUGCGGCUGGGAGAGUGUGAACCAUCUGGAGAUCAACAUUCCAGCUGACUGAGGGUGACGAUGGCGGUCAACUCAACUCACCAAGACCGUAAUGGUAUUGGGGUGCACCGAAGUCUGCAGCGGACCAACUCUGCGCCCAAGGUUGCCAUUCCGUUCGUGGUGGCCGGUGGCCGGCGCCUCGUGAAGGAGCUCCACAUCAACUACAACAUGCGCGAGGUGCUGGCCGUGCUGGCUGGCGACCUCAACUACCAUCCGGAUGAUCUGGAGAUCUACCUUGGCACGGAGCCGGUCUCGGACAGUCUGGUGCUGGCCGGACUGGACCUCGAACAGCCCGGGUUCGUGCUGAAUGUGCUGGAGAGGAUCGUGCGCCGGCGACCGUCCUCGUCUGACGGCCCGGGAGCGGGCGGCGGCGGCGUGCGGACCGUCACCGUGCACACAGGUCGGUCCCCGGAGCUUCCGCCGUGCAGAGGGGGAGGACGGCGGACGGCGGACCAUUUCGGUGGCUAUCGAGCCGGGAGACGGCGAGAAACCGUUCUUAGGCGGAUACCGGGACAAACGGGACGGCACCGAGUACCUGCACGCCACCGCGCAGACCUACACUCGGCCCUUCAGAAACUACGCCUAUGAGCGCCACGAGCGGGACGCGCAGACAGCAUGGGGCCUGCCGGCGGCCGUGCAGACGAACCGCGACACGUGCACCCAGAUGCCCAAACCGGGUGUGUGGCAGGACCACCGGCGCGAGCGGGUGCUGUCCUACAGCGGCGCCUACCAGACGGCUGACGAACUGCUCCAGCUGCGAACCGAUAAGGCGAUUCUUCUACAGAAGUACUGGCGCCGCUGGCUGGCCCGUCGCCGGGUACAGCGGAUGGCCAGGGAGCGGGAUGUCGUGCUCCAGUGGAUUGUGGACGACGCAGAACGGCGCAAACAGGCUCGGCUGAAGCGUCGCGCCGGAGUCGUCGAGCGGAAGAUGGACCCCAAGAGCAAGAACGACUUCGACAUUCUGUUCAGCUCGCUGGAGGCCUGGCGGAAGAAGGCCAUCGCCUACUGUUACUCCACCAAGUCGGGUGGUGAGCUGAAGGCGGCGCUGUGUCAGCUGCUGGAACAGGAGGCGGAGAUGCUGAAGGCCAUCAACGGCCAUCAGAGCCGCGCGGCCGCCUGCGGACAGGCCAAACGCAUACACCGGCUGCUGGAGAAGACGCAGGCACCUCUGCGCUGGAAGGGCCGUGACGGCGAGCCCAUUUCGGUGGACAACUCAGUGACGCUGUGGGCGCGUCAGCUGCGCGACAUUCACACCUCGCUGACCCUGCCCGGGCUGAGCGCCGACGAGCGGUCAGACAUCUUGGCCACGCUGGCCGACCUGAUCGCCGGCCUGCCGUUCUCGGCCGAUAACCACGAGCUGCGGGACCUCUGUAAGCGCGAGAUGGACCUGCUGUCGCGCGGGGUGACGCCGCGGCACCUGGCCGGCCUGAGACACCGCUCCCUGCAGCUCUUCUGGCGACUGCUGAGGGAUGUCAACUUCAACCCGGCCUCGGCCAAAUGCCAGAAGGUACCGCUGGACCCAGAGUCGAUCCGCGGUGACGUCAACACGUGCACCUCGUGCCACCGCUGUCUGCCGAGACACCAGUUCCAGGUGGACGCCAGCGACGUUACCCUGAGGAGGUGCCGUAUGUGUGAACAGCUGCAGAACUGGGCGCUGCGGCGUCACGACAACAACGUGCUCGGGAAGAUGCUGGAAGAGCUGCGCCGUGACGAACAGAACCGGUCACCGGGCUCGGCAGCCGUCUGCCUCAUACAGGAGUCUGAUUUCCGUCACCUGGUGCUGUCGCUGUGGGGCGGCCAGUCCUGCCUGAGCGCCGAUCCGGACCUCUAUGAGCUGCUGCUCUGCCGCUGGGACGUGGAACAGCCCUGGACGCCUUGGAACUGCGUCCUGCUCACCAGAGACGAGACCGAGGCGCACUACAAGCUCGGAAAGCCGCAGCAGCGGUACGGGCCGGAGCUGUGUCAGCGGGUGCGUCUGCGGCACGUGGCCGCCAGUCGCUACUUCUGCCACCUGCCGGCCAUGGUGGCCCGCCUGGAGGCCGGGCUCACGGAGCGCGAGACGGGGCCGCCGUCACCGGGCGCCUGCCGCCGGCCGGCCGCCGCGCCCGCCUGACCUGCCGAGAGGCCACCACCGCCACCCGGGACCUCCAGCUGACGGAGAAAACCGGGCGGCACGGACAACGCACCGCUCCGACGCGCCUUGUGAUAAAUUAGCGCCACGUCAGGCCGGGCUCGAACGAAGCGAACGUAGUCGAGAGAUCUGACUAGUCAUGUAAAUCGGUGUCUGUGGCUGCAUGUUUGUGCCAGGUGAUAUAAUGCACGGGUUUGGCGCUUGCGUUGGCGGUCUCUCGUUAUUUUGGAGGGGUGUAUUGUGGCAUCUCUGCUGGUGUAGUAAAUAUCAUGCUGAUAGAUAUCCUGCAAAAUCGUGUAUUCCAUGCCAAGCAAUUGUCGUUUUGUCUGCUUGUCUUUUGUCCUUGGACCAACAACGCCGCAUUUACUCAGUUGAAUAAAAUUGCGUGCUUUGCCUA